AUGGCCACAUCGACCAUGUCCUCGAGCUCUACCGUGGGCGCAAUAGCCAUCGUCGGGUGGAACGUCCAGUACGUAGUCUCAGUCACGGUCAGUGCAACGUCCACGUCAACUGCCAUUUCCAUUGCUACUUCAACUGCCACUUUCACCUCCACUACCUCAACCAAUUCCUCUACAACACAUUCUACUUCUUCAACCGCAUCGGAAACAUCCGGCUCGAGCACGGGCGGGGGCCUGAUUGUAGGAGCGAAGACGGGAAUUGGCGUGGGUGUUGUUGUGAUGGCCUUGAUAGCUGCCCUGUAG